GGUCACACCUUCAGAGACUGGCUGAGAGAGAGACAGAGACCGAGGGCAACACAUCUUUGGAUUUCCACAGUUUACACACUGACAGGUGAGCUCAGUUUGAGUGAGGACCUCAACUUAGCUGGACCAUUAUCAUCCAGUUCUAGAAAAUGGUGUUUGGCAUCCGGAAGCGCAUCCAUGACCACCUGGUGGAGAGAAGAAUCCGCAGAGCCCGGCUGGUGACCAAAUAUGGCCGCUGCAACAUUGAAUUCGGCAACGUGAAGUACAGCAACCAGUUUGCCUUCCUCAUGGAUUUCUGGACGACCUUUGUGGAGUUCCGCUGGCGCUUUGUCCUCUUCUUCUUCAUCGCCUCGUUCACCCUGAGCUGGUUCAUCUUCGGACUGCUGUGGUUCUGGAUCGCCCGGAGCAACGGGGACCUGGCGUGGCAGAACCCCUCAAAUGGCCACAUCCCCUGUGUGGACAAUGUCUACAAUCUCAUUACAGCAUUCCUCUUCUCCAUGGAGACCCAGACCAGCAUCGGGUACGGUGGACGCGCCAUCACCCCUUUCUGUUCUGGUGCUGUAACACUCAUCAUUAUCCAGUACCUCAUAGGUAACAUCAUCAACUGCUUCAUGUGUGGAGUCAUCCUGGCCAAGAUCUCCAUCCCUAAGAAAAGAGCCAAGACCAUCACAUUCAGUGAGAUGGCUGUCAUCUGUCCUAAGAAGGACUUGCUUUGCCUCAUGAUAAGAGUGGCCAACUUACGCAAGACCCUGAUGAUCGGGAGCCAGAUCUACGGCAAGCUGUUGAGGACAACCAUCAAACCCGACGGAGAGAUGAUCAUCAUGGACCAGGUGAACAUUGAGUUCAUGGUGGACGCUGGGAAGGACAACCUCUUCUUUGUGUGCCCUCUCACACUCUACCAUGUGAUUGACAAGACUAGCCCUUUCUUUGAGAUGGCAGUGGACACACUCCAUAAGCAAGAGUUUGAGCUGGUGGUCUUUCUGGACGGCACAGCCGAGUACACCAGCUCAGCCUGCCAGGUCAGGACUUCCUUCAUCCCUCAGGAAAUCAUGUGGGGUUACAACUUCCUGCCCAUCAUCUCCCGCAGCAAAGAGGGCAAGUACAGAGUGAACUUCUUCAACUUCUCCAAGGUGGUGCCCGUGGCUACUGCACACUGUGCCUACUGCUUCCACAACAUGAAGGGACACCACCUCCACUCCAUUAACGGAAUCGACAACGGGGAAUUUGAAGUGAUUGAUAACUUAGAACAACCUAAUAUGACCAAUAUGUGAGCUUUUGGAGGAAAUAUGUGGCCAUAGAAAUAGAAGCCAGUUGCACACUCUUAGAAAAAAAGGGUUUCAAAAGGGUUCUUCGGCUGUGCCCAUAGGUUACCCUUUUUGGUUGAACACUGCAAAAACGACAAAUCUGAACAAAUCUGAUUUUCUUGCAUUCAUACUUUAAAAUCGUAUCUUAUUUUAAGAAUUAUUUACUUAUCAAGUGCUGACCGUGUUAGACUAUUUAGCUUGUUUUAAGAAUAUAUAUCUUGAGUUAUCUUACUCAGUUAUUGAAUCUUAGUAUAGGGAGUACCACAAGUUAAAUGAGACACAUUCCUGAGAGAACAGCUUUUUGAAGCUGGUAUCUACCGAUAACAGGUAUUUGAAGAUACUGUAUUUAGGCUUGUUUUAAGAAUCAGACUUGAAGAGACUAUCAAACUAAUAUUUGUAUUAAAAACAUUUACAAUCCA